UAGCUGACAGGACGGAAAUGAUCAUGUGAGCUGCUGUUUCCCUCCGGACCCAAUACAGGGCGGACCUAUGCUAACUCAACCAACUCCUUUAUUUACAUUCAGCUAUGAAUUCAGAAGCGGCUUUAUUGUUAGAAACCGUUAAUUUUGCUGCGGAAAAACAUCGUAAACAACGCCGUAAAGAUCCAGAAGAAACGCCGUACAUUAAUCAUCCAAUCGGUGUAGCAAGAAUCCUCAGCUAUGAGGGAGGAGUCACAGAUAUCGAGGUUUUACAAGCUGCUUUGCUCCACGACACCGUAGAGGACACAGACACCACCCCAGAGGAGCUGGAGGACAGAUUCGGACCAAUCGUAGCUCGAAUUGUCCAGGAGGUGACGGAUGACAAAAGUCUGCCGAAGCAGGAGAGGAAGCGCCUGCAGGUGGAGCAUGCACCUCACUGCAGCCAACAAGCUAAGCUGGUGAAACUGGCUGACAAGCUGUACAACCUGAGGGACCUGAACUCCUGCACGCCUGUCGGUUGGUCGGCUGAGCGGGUCCAGGAGUACUUUGUUUGGGCCGCUGAGGUGGUGAAAGGUCUAAAAGGAACUAACUCAGCUCUGGAGGAGAAGCUGGAGGAUCAGUUCAAACAGAGAGGAGUUCAGCUCUGAAAGAACCGCCUCACCGCGCUGGAGAACAAACCGUUUACAUCACUAAUCAGAUGCAAUAUCAUUUACAAGCCAUAAAAAUAAUCAUUUUUCCAUAUUUUGUCUAAGUACACAGCAACAAUGUCUGCUGUGUACUUUAGGACAUCAUGUAACUGUGAUUUUAUUUCUGAAUAUUAAGAAAGCAACAUUUUCCCGGCUCUUUUCUUUCAUCAAACUUCCCCACCAUUUAUUGUGAGACCUUAUGCAUCAGCCACUAAAAAAAUAAACAUUCAUUUUGGGCACAGAGGGAAGUUAAAAUAUAUAUCCUGGGGGCAAAAAUAUUAAAGAAUUACCAAUAAAAUUAUAUCAGUUUUACAUCUACAAACAAAUAUUGCAUACUGUAUAUGUUUUGUCUGCUAAUGUUAUAAGGUGAACAAUAAAGAUGU